AUGGACACGCUUUUUCUACGAGGUGUAUCUGUACCAGCUGUGAGCGCGGCGAUCCCUCUUGAAAGCCGACAUACCAGAGAUGUAAACCCACCUUGUUUUCUGAACGAUGACAAUAUCCAACCUGAAGUUAAUUCAACAUUAGCAUCUUCUUUUGAAAAAAUAAAAGAUCAAGUACAGGAUCUGAAGGCUAAAAUUGAAUUGCAGAUAACGAGGAUGCAAACAUCUUAUUGUAUAGAAAGAAAUAGCGAUGCGUUGAUGUCGGCCAUUCAUAUGUUUUCACUUUCUGACAACGAGGCUUUUGUACAUGAAUUCACUAUAAAUCAGCCAUCUUUUCUUGAGAAAAUAACUGGACAUUACGAUAUGCUUGAUAAUUUGGCUUACACCUUGGAGGAACUUUCUGAAACAGCCGCUGAUGAUCAUGCUAAACAGAACUUACUGCAGAUCCAAGCCCGAACAUAUAACGCCAUGUGUACCAUUAAAACCUUAUUGCGAUCACAAAAUAAACAUCUUACCAAUGAAGUACCAAGUGGAAGAAACAGUUUUCAGAUUGAUGGUAUAUGUGAUCAGCAUCAGAUGGAAUAUAUUACAAUGUUGAAUGGUUAUUUACUAGCGGAAUACCUUGAUUUGAUGUAUACAACGGUGUUAAAUCAUCAGAAUUGACAAGUCAAACUGUUUAAAAUCUGUCUGACUUUAUUGAUUUGUACUAUACAUUUAUUGUCAAAAAGACGAAGAUUCAUCAGUAAAUUAUUUUUUAUUGCCUCCGUGAAGCCAUUCAAUGCUGAUAUCAGUUUUGUAUUAACG